AUGGGUACGACGUACCGGUCGCCAUUCCAUAAUUACGACUACAAUAAACCCACAUUCUCUUCUUUGAUAUCGAGAUCGAGGAAGCGAUUUGAAGCUCCCAAAUUGAGAGCGCGCCUCGCCGCAAUCGAGCGUCCGAAUGGGGCCAGUGAUGCACUUAUGCACCGGCACAUUUCCCACAGCCUGCGCCGGAUUCGCUGCACGCGACAAAGGACAUCCGGCCACAAUAGCUCCAUUAAAAUAAUGCAAGUAAAUGAGGAUUUGCGGACUCGAGUUCCCGAAUCCCUUCACAAUGCCGGGAAGGCCUAA